CCGACGAAUGAAUACGCGUUUGGCUCUAUAUAGUAUAAACUUUAAACUGUGUAUAAACUUUAAACUCUAUAUCUAGUAUAAACUUUAUACUUUUUCGUGCGAGGCUGCCCAUAGCUGCUCUAGAGUCUAGAAUUGCAUUUUUGUUUGUGUUUUCAUUUCUGAUUUUUACUCUCUGUUUUCUUAUUCAAUUUUAACAUAAGGCGCAUUAAUUCUUGAAUAUUAAUAAAAGCAUUAUUUGUUUGUUGAGUUUAAAACAAAAGCAAAAAUAAUAUUAAAGGCACCAAAGACAACUUGUAUCACUUUAAAGGGUCGAAAUGAGUUCAAGCUUGGUUCGCAAGCGGCGGAUUUCCGGCGGUGGUGUAAAUGAUUCCCAAACAGCACCUACCAAACGACGAUUAACGCAAAACAAUUCUACACAAUCUCAAGGAGCCAACACUAGUAUAAUCCAGGAUAAGCGAUGUGGAAAGAUAUUGUUGAUGCAUCUAACAAACUUUAUGUGUCACUCUAAUCUAACCGUUGAAUUUCAUUCUCGAGUAAAUUUUUUGGUGGGAAGCAAUGGAAGUGGCAAAAGUGCUAUACUUGCUGCUUUGGUGUUGGGAUUGGGUGGAAGUGCCAGAACGACCAACAGGUCUCGAAGUGCAAAAGCUUUUAUAAAGAAUGGGGAAACCAGCGCAAAAAUUGAAAUAGUUUUGGCGAAUGAUGGUGCCCAGCCGUAUGAGCCCGACGUAUAUGGUGACAAAAUUAUCAUAGUAAGAACUAUUUCAUUAUCCUCCGGCUCGUAUGUAAUAAAGAGUGAAUCUGGACAAGUUGUCAGUAAGAAAGUCGAUGAUUUGCACAGAAUUCUUAUGUAUCAUAAUGUGCAAGUGGAUAAUCCGGUGUUUUUACUAAACCAGGACAGCGCUAGAGAAUUUUUAAAGGAAUUGGAACCUUCAAAAAAUUAUCAGCUUUUUCUAAAAGCGACACAAAUUGAUGUCGUUCAUAAAAAACUAACCGAUUCCCUUCAUUUACACAAAGAUCACAUGGAAGAAUUAAAAAAUUAUGAAAUUAGAUUAAAAAAAGAAAAGGAAGAUAUAGCCGAACAUGAAAAUAAACUGAAGGAUGUUCUUAAACGCUUGGAAAUCGAGCUUGCAUGGCGAAAAGUUCAGCAAUUUGAGAAUCAACUUCAAGAAAUAAGCGAUAAACUUGCAAAAUACGACGAAAAGGAGCGUGAACUUAAAAAUCUAAUACAGAACAAAGAUGAAGUUUACCAAAUAUUAAGUCAAGAAAUCAGAAAAGAUGAAGAAGGAAUGACAUUGAAAAACAGUAAUUAUGAUAAAGUCAACAGGGAGUACAGGGAGUUAAAGAAUAAAUAUGAUGAGAUAAACAAGCUAACAUCCGAAUUUAAAAACUCCCUAGACAUACUAAAAAAGAAAAAAUCUCGGUUGGAGCAUCAGAUUGAAGAAAUUAAGAAAUAUAUCGAUGAAAAAUCUCAAGGCAAUCAAGAUGAUGUAGAAACUUUACGUGCUCAAAACCAAAAUGAAACUUUAAAACUUCGUCAGCAAUGUGAAAGUCAAGUAAUUCCAAUGAUUGAAAAUAUUAAGCGCGAACUUAAACGCCAUAUUGAUAGCAAGGCACAAAAAGAACAAAUAGUAAAUGAAAUUAAACGCCGACAAAGGAAGUACUUAGACGAAAUACGUCUUCGAAGUGGACAGAUAGCCAAUGUAAAAGCCAGUGCCAAAAACAAGAUAUUAAUAUACGGAAAGCAUAUGCCUGAGCUUUUGACAGAUAUUCGAAAAGCACAUUCACAAGGCCUUUUGUCUAAGUUACCAAGGGGACCUAUUGGCAGUUAUGUAGAUGUGGCCAACAGCCAAUACCGAGAUGUUAUUGAAAACUCCAUCGGCCGUGGAUUGCUGGGAGCAUUUCUAGUAAACAAUGCAAAAGAUAGGCAAAUCUUGGAAAACAUUUUUACUAAAUAUGAAAAUUGUCGUCCUAUUAUAAUAACUGUAGCAUUUUCCGACAAGGUCUAUGAUGUUAGUGGUGGGUGUGUAAACCCACCGAAAGACACGCAUUUGCUUCUUCACGAAAUCAGAUGUUCUGAUGCAACUGUAAUGAACUGCCUUAUUGACCGUCUUGGCAUUGAAUCUAUUUUGCUUACAAAUAGUAAAGAAAUUGCCGAAACAAUUACUUCGCAUAUUGAAAAUGUUCCCAAAAAUCUAUCGAGGGUCUUGGUUCUCAAAGAAGGCAACAGUUGUAUGGAAUAUUAUCCUAUGCCGAAGUAUCGAAUGUAUUCAAAUAAAGUUAGACCAGCCAAUUACAUACAAAUUAAUAUCGAAGAACGUAUUAGGCACUUGGAAAAUGAAAAACAAUCACUAGAGCUAAAGAAUAAAUCAUAUGAAACCGAUCUGAGUCAAAUGAUCAAUCAAAUAUCUCAAGUUAUUAAGCUUAUACAAGAGCAACGGGAACUUUUAAUAAAACAACAAAAUGCCAGCCAAGAGAUUAUGGAAAAAAUAGCGGAACUGGACAAUAUAGAAUAUGCUGAUUAUAGUAACGAAAUUCAGUUGUUGGAAAAAGAAAUGGGUGAUUAUAAAACUCGCCUAGCAGAAAUUGAACAAAAAAUAAGUGAAACGAGAGGUCAAUUAUCGGAUGUUGACAAUGAAAAAAUUCAAAUUGGAGGGGAGCUGCAAUUCAAAGAAAUUGAACUUCAGGAAAUAAAAAAUGACAUAGAGGCUUUCAAGUCUACUGUAGAUCGAAAGAAAAUGAAACUCCGUAGUGUUAACAACAACGAUUCUUCAUAUCGCGUCAAAUUGUCGGAGGUGCAAGACGUCAUAAAUAAAUUGAAAGCUGAGCAUAUGGAAAUGUCAAGAAAAGUUGAUGCUUGUACAAAAUCUGCUGCAGAAAAAGGUGAACGAAUUGAAAGCGAUCUAAGUGGAAAUCAACUCCAAGACGAGAUAUCAAAAAAGGCAAAAAAUAAACAUGGUAAGCCAGUGAGUUUUGACCCACAGUCCAUGCGACAGCUAAUUAUGACAAAGAAAGAGGCAUUACUGGCCAAUGAAGGCAAAUAUGAGGACAUAAAGCACUCCAUUUAUACGCUAAGACAAUCUUUAAGAUUCAGUUUCGAAUUUUUGAAGAAACUGAGGGAACACAUGUCAUUGCUUUUACAAAUAUCGUUUAACAUGAUUCUGCGAUUGCGCAACUUUGAAGGUUCAUUGGAUGUUAAUCACCAGCAGAAAACAUUGAAGCUUUCGGUUAAACCACGCUGUCAUAAUAAAAAUGCAGUUUCCGAUACGAAAUCUUUGUCUGGAGGAGAACGGUCUUUUACCACUGCAGCUUUUCUCUUAUCUUUAUGGUCAUGUGUUGAUCAUCCUUUUUAUUUUUUGGAUGACAACGAUGUUUUUACGGAUGAAGUGAACCGAGAGUACAUGACACGUCUGCUCAUCGAUGAAGGACGUAGACGUCCACUUCGACAGUAUUCUUUCUUAACGCCUCAAGAUAUGGCAUUGAUGUCCGAAGACUUUAUAAAGAUAUUACGAUUGGAAGAACCAGAACGCGUUUAAUGUAUUAUUUAAAUUUGUUGGUUAUUUUAUAACAGCAACUGGAAUUGCAAACAUUUUAUUACACUAAAUAUAAUAUGCAUAUGUACCUUUUUAUUACUUUUUA